GUUCUUCCUCCAGGGUUUAACAACCGAAGUCCCAAAUUUUGGUAAAAUUUAUUGCCUGCAAUUUCUUCAUUUACCUCACCGGAUCGGUACUAUGUCCGCCGCAACUCCGUCUUUCAGUGGCAAUCUGAAGAAAGCACUUGCUGGGAUACGACGUAUCGAUUUGGAAGGUCUAAGAUGGAGGGUUUUUGAUGCAAAAGGCCAGGUAUUAGGGAGGCUAGCAUCGCAGAUAUCAACUGUUGUUCAGGGCAAAGACAAGCCUACAUAUACACCUCACUGGGAGGAAGGUGAUAUGUGCAUUGUUAUUAAUGCAAAAGACGUAUGUGUCACCGGGAGGAAAAUGACCGACAAAUUUUACCGUUGGCAUACAGGGUACAUUGGCCACCUCAAGGAACGGAGCCUGAAAGACCAAAUGGCUAAAGAUCCGACUGAAGUUAUUCGUAAAGCUGUCCUAAGGAUGCUUCCCAGAAACAAAUUACGUGAUGAUCGAGACCUGAAAUUGAGAAUAUUUGCUGGGGGAGAGCAUCCUUUUGGUGACAGGCCAGUCGAACCUUAUGUAAUGCCUGAAAGACAAGUGCGUGAAAUGAGGCCCCGUGCAAGACGAGCUAUGAUUCGUGCUCAAAAGAAAGCCGAACAACAAGAACUGGGUAAUAAUUCAAAUGUUAAAAAAGGCAAAAAGAGAGAAGUGGUCGAUGAAGAAGAAGUAAGUGCUGCGUAAGACUUAUUUGUUUCCUACGUGGGGCCUCGAGGCUUCCUCUCUAGAUGUUUGUUUGUUUUUAACGUUGGAUAAUUUCGGAUUCAGAAAGUGACUUGAUUGCAGGAUUUUGUCGUGUGUAUUACAAAUUGACGGUUAAGACUUUUAUUUCUAAAUUUUGGUAACACAUUUGUAUCUGUUUGCAUGGUGGUGGCUUCGUUAUUUACAAGCAAUACUUAAUCUUUACGCUUUUUGAGGGGU